GAGCGACCGGCCGGUUGUCCGCCUGCGCCGCCGGGCGACAUGGCCAACAGCUCGUUCAGCGGCGGCAAACGCCGCGGCUCGGCCUACCGGGAGGCCGCCGAGUUCAGCUGCUCGCUCCAGGAGCUGCGCUCGCUCAUGGAGCUGCGGGGAGACGAGGCCCGCGACAGGAUCCGAAACAGCUAUCAGGAUGUCGACGGACUCUGCGCCAGACUCAGAACCUCCGCCCUCCAAGGUCUGGACGGUUCGUGGGAGGACCUGCAGCGUCGGCGCCAGGUGUUUGGCCCCAACGUGAUCCCCCCCAAGAAGCCAAAAACCUUUGUGCAGUUAGUGUGGGAGGCGCUGCAGGAUGUGACGCUCAUCAUCCUGGAAGUGGCCGCCAUCAUUUCACUUGGCCUUUCUUUCUACCAACCGCCGCACGCCGACAGAGACAGCUGCGGGCAAGCGGCCGGCGGCGCGGGCGACGAGGGCGAGGCGGAGACGGGCUGGAUCGAGGGCGCCGCCAUCCUGCUCUCGGUGGCCUGCGUGGUGCUGGUCACGGCCUUCAACGACUGGAGCAAGGAGAAACAAUUCCGAGGCCUCCAGAGUCGCAUCGAGCAGGAGCAGAAGUUCAGCGUGCUGCGCGCCGGCCAGCUGGCGCACGUCAAAGUGUCCGACAUGGUGGUGGGCGACAUCGCGCACGUCAAAUACGGCGACCUCCUCCCCACCGACGGCAUCCUCAUCCAGGGAAACGACCUGAAGAUGGACGAGAGCUCCCUGACCGGAGAGUCGGACCACGUCAGGAAGAGCGUGGACAAAGAUCCCAUGUUGCUCUCAGGCACUCACGUGAUGGAGGGCUCGGGCAAGAUGCUGGUGACGGCGGUGGGCGCCAACUCCCAGACCGGCAUCAUCUUCACCUUGCUCGGCGACGAAGGCGGCGACGGAGACGACGACAAGGCCGACAAGAAGAAGAAGAAGAAGAAGAGGAGGGAGGAGCGCAAGAAGCGAGAGAAAAAGGAUAAGAGAAGAAAGAGCAAAGAUGGCCCCGCCGUGGAGAUGGAACCGCUCAACGAGGACGCCGAACCGGAGAAGAAGAAAAGCAACCUGCGCAAGAAGGAGAAGUCCGUCCUUCAGGGCAAGCUGACCAAGCUGGCCGUGCAGAUCGGCAAAGCGGGCCUCUUCAUGUCAACGCUGACCGUCAUCAUCCUCAUCGUUCGCUUCCUGGUGGACACCUUCUGGAUCCAGGGCAUUCCCUGGACCGCCGAGUGCCUGCCCAUCUACAUGAAGUUCUUGGUCAAGUUCUUCAUCAUCGGCGUGACCGUGCUGGUGGUGGCUGUGCCUGAAGGUCUCCCUCUGGCUGUCACCAUCUCCCUGGCCUACUCUGUCAAGAAAAUGAUGAAGGACAACAACCUGGUGCGCCACCUGGACGCCUGCGAGACCAUGGGCAACGCCACGGCCAUCUGCUCCGACAAGACGGGCACGCUGACCAUGAACCGCAUGACGGUGGUCCAGGCCCACGUGGCCGGCUGCUACCACAAGAAGGUGCCCGAGCCCGACCUGGUACCCGCCAAGAUCCUAGACCUGCUGGUUCUGGGGAUCGGGGUCAACUGCGCCUACACCACAAAGAUUAUGCCUCCCGACAAGGAGGGCGGUCUUCCCCGCCAGGUGGGCAACAAGACAGAAUGUGCCUUACUGGGUCUGAGCCUGGACCUGCGACGGGACUACCAGAGCAUUCGCGACGACAUCCCCGAGGAGAAGCUCUUCAAGGUGUACACCUUCAACUCGGUCAGGAAGUCCAUGAGCACCGUGCUCCGGAACCACGACGGCAGCUACCGCAUGUUCAGCAAGGGAGCCUCGGAGAUCCUGCUCAGGAAGUGCUGCAAGAUCCUGACGGAGAACGGCGCGGCCAAAGCCUUCAAGCCUCGCGACCGGGAGAAACUGAUGAAGACGGUGAUCGAGCCCAUGGCGUCCGAAGGCCUGCGGACCAUCUGCCUGGCCUACCGGGACUUUGCCGCCGCCGACCGGCCCGACUGGGAAGACGAGGCCGACGUCCUCGCCGGGCUCACCUGCAUCGCCGUGGUCGGCAUCGAGGACCCCGUCAGACCCGAGGUGCCGGACGCCAUCAGGAAGUGCCAGCGGGCGGGCAUCACCGUGCGCAUGGUGACGGGAGACAACAUCAACACGGCGCGCGCCAUCGCCAGCAAGUGCGGCAUCCUGCAGCCCGGGGACGACUUCCUGUGCAUGGAGGGAAAAGAGUUCAACCGACGCAUACGCAACCAGCUGGGCGAGAUUGAGCAGGAGCGAAUCGACAAGAUCUGGCCCAAACUGCGCGUCCUGGCCCGCUCGUCGCCCACCGACAAACACACCCUCGUCAAAGGCAUCAUCGACAGCUCGGUGCUGGAGCAGAGGCAAGUCGUCGCCGUGACCGGAGACGGCACCAACGACGGGCCCGCCUUGAAAAAGGCCGACGUCGGCUUCGCCAUGGGCAUCGCCGGGACGGACGUGGCCAAGGAGGCGUCGGACAUCAUCUUGACGGACGACAACUUCAGCAGCAUCGUCAAGGCCGUCAUGUGGGGACGCAACGUCUACGACAGCAUCUCCAAGUUCCUGCAGUUCCAGCUCACCGUCAACGUGGUGGCCGUCAUCGUGGCCUUCACCGGCGCCUGCGUCACGCAGGACUCGCCCCUGAAGGCGGUGCAGAUGCUGUGGGUCAACCUGAUCAUGGACACGUUCGCCUCGCUGGCGCUGGCCACCGAGCCGCCCACCGAGGCGCUGCUGCUGCGCAGCCCCUACGGACGCAGCAAGCCGCUUAUCUCGCGCACCAUGAUGAAGAACAUCUUGGGACACGGCGUCUACCAGCUCACCGUCAUCUUCACGCUGCUCUUUGUCGGCGAGCUGCUGCUGGAUAUGGACUGCGGACGCAACGCGCCGCUGCACGCGCCGCCGUCCGAGCACUACACGGUGGUCUUCAACACCUUUGUGUUGAUGCAGAUCUUCAACGAGCUCAACGCCCGCAAGAUCCACGGCGAGAGGAACGUCUUUGACGGCGUCCUCAACAACCCCAUCUUCUGCACCAUUGUCGUCGGCACCUUCCUCGUUCAGGUGCUGAUUGUGCAGUUUGGCGGCAAGCCCUUGAGCUGCGUGAGCCUGAGCGUGGAGCAGUGGCUCUGGUGCAUCUUCCUGGGCUUGGGCAGCCUGCUGUGGGGACAGCUGGUUUCCAGCGUGCCCACCCGCUGGCUCAAGUUCCUGAAGACGGCGGGCCACGGCACCAAGCAGGAAGAGAUCCCCGAGGAGGAGCUGGAGGAGAUGAAGGACCCCGACGAGAUCGACCACGCCGAGAUGGAGCUGAGGAGGGGCCAGGUGCUCUGGUGCCGGGGCCUCCAGCGCAUACAGACGCAGAUCCGCGUGGUGAACGCCUUCCGCGACAGCGUGUCCCCCUACGAGAACCUGGAGACCCCCGAGUCCCGCAGCUCCAUCCACAACUUCAUGAGCCACCCCGAGUUCCGCAUCGACGACUCGGAGCCUCACAUCCCGCUCAUCGACGAGCUGGAGGGCGAGGACGAGGCGCCCACCGAGCGCAACUCGGUGGCGGCGGUCCCCAACAACAGCCUGGGCGCCGCGGAGCCAGAGCGCCCCCUAGCGCAAGCCUCGCUCCUCAAGGACCAGCAGGGCCCUCAGGCCAGGGCAGCGGCGGCGGCGGCGACGGCUUUGGUCUCGGCCAAUUCCAAGGGGGGGCUGGCGCCCUGCCCCGGAAGCCCCCUGCACAGCCUGGAAACCUCGCUCUGAAGUCGCCGGCCCAACCAAGCGGGUAGUAACAUACUAGACGUGAACUCUUGCAAGUGUGCUUUAGCGGAUGGUGACUUGUUCACCCAUAAUCACGUAGGUGUUGAUGUGAUGGAUCUGUGACUUUGUGUUUGUAGACGGCCAGGUUGGUUGCUUCUUAUUUGUAUGUUUUCUGUGGAUUGGCUUUUAGGCCAUCACAAAAUCUUCCAAUACAUCAUUCUGAAGUGUAAACAUUGAAGAAAAACUAACAUCUCUCAAUUGAACAUAUCUAAUUCAUGGUUUCAUCAAUAUGAAAUGCCCCGCCAAAGGUCAAAAUGAUAUAUAUUUAGAGUCAUUGAAAAAAUUGGAUUUGAAUAUAUAUAUAUAUAUAUACUAUAUAUAUAUAUACAGUGCAUUUUUAUGCAUUACAUUUUUUAUUCACUGGAUGUUCGUUUUUAAAUAAAUAGCUUUUGUCUGUUUUACACA